AGUAUUGUUAGAGAUGGCAGAACAACUGGAAAGGCCUCAGCACUAAAAAACACAUGAAUUCCAUCCAUUCACUCCUUAACAUCAGUUCGGAGCCCAUUUGAUCCCUACUAAAAAUUGAAAGCUCUGUGGAGUCCAUAGCUGAUAAUCUGGGCUCAACUGAGAGAUCAUGCUACUCAAUUUGUCACCACCUGACGGGUGCCUUUUUAUAGGACAUGGCUUGUAAGCAAAUUUAACAUGUCCAAGAAUUACACAAUCGCUCUAUGAGGGAUGCAAGGGGAGGCAAAACUUGGGACCUCUAUCCUAAGUGGCAAAAAGUCUUAGGUAAGCCUAACAUAAUUUAGGUUAGGUUUAGUAGAUCUGGGACUAAAUAUUUUUGGCACCUUGAUUUAAUGUCAGAAGUUUUCUUGCGCCUCGGGGGUAUGUCUCAAGAUUCACCUCGCAAAGGAUUGGAAACAAAAGGGUCUGUCUAUGAUCCUGCCGUAGCUUGGUACCAUCAUUACAUUUUGCAAAACCUAACGCCGUGCUGAAGGCCUCCCAUAUACACCGACAGUCAAUUUGACUGACCACUACUUCUUUCAUCUAUCACUUCCCGUACCGUUCUACCUGGUGAACUUGUUACCCUGGCCCUGUCGUGGCUGACUACCGUAUGCUCUGCGUCCCUGAUGCUUCUUGUCCUUACUCAUGCUAGCACCGAGGGUGAUGUCAACACGAGGUGGUACUGUGAAGCCGAAGCUUUUGGCGACCUUGGCCAGAUCCAGCUUGUUGAUAUCAAAAACACUGCGCAGCGAGUGAGAGGCGUAGGCGUGAAGGUAGCUGCGGUAACCAUCCUUGGCACUCUUGUUCAAGUAGUAGUUUGAACUGAUGAGCUUCUCGAGUUGAGACUGAAUGUUGAUGAUCUUUGGGAAAUCAUAUUCUACGACGGGAACACGGGCGGCCUUGAGGUGCGACAAAAAGCCAACCUCGUUGGGCUGAAGGAUCAGAAGAGAUCGGCCCUUGGUGUUGCUGCCUCGGGCAGUUCGACCGACACGGUGAAUGUAGUCGCGGGGGUCAUCCGGAGGAUCGAACUGGACAAUCCAGUCAACGGAAGGAAUCUGUUACAGGUUAGUAAAUUGUCCAUGCAGUAAUUCAGAUUAGACACAUACAUCGAGACCACGAGCGGCAACGUCAGUGCAGAUCAGAGUACCCUGCUUGGCAUUGCAGAACUCGAAAAAGGUGUUGGUUCGCUUCUGCUGCUUCUGUUUGCCGUGGAGAUCAAGAACAGGAAUAUCGAUAUAGUUGAGGAGUUCGGCGUGGUAUUUCACACAAGCACAACUACUGAAGAAGACAAUGAUCUUCUUCUUGAGGUUGCGCUUGAGGAAUGAGAAAAGAAGAUUGAAUCGCUUCUCGGCAUCGCAGAUAACGUAACCCUGCUCCAGGCCCUCCACAGUACUGUACUGCUUCUCCUCAUCGACGUUGAUGUACAGAGGACCAGGACGCAGCGAGAUACGGGCAAGAUCCUCAACCUUGGUUGUUUGAGUAGCAGAGAAAAGCAUUGUCUGUCGGUCCUCCUUAGGGAGAAUCUUGAUAAUCUGUCGCAUUUCGUCCUCGAAACCAAUUUCAAGAAUUCGAUCCGCCUCAUCAAUAACAAGGGACUUCAGGUUCUUGAAAACGAAAGGUGUGUUUUGCAGAUGGUCGAGCAGACGUCCAGGGGUGGCAAUAAGUAGGUUAACACCCUUGGCGAGCUUGUCGGCCUCAGCGCGACGGUUUGCGCCUCCGAUGACAAUACCGUAAGUUUGUGAGUGGUGGGCCAUGAGUUCUCGGGCAACACCAAAGAUCUGGAGGGCCAACUCGCGGGUUGGGGAAACAACAAUGACACCAGUGCCGUUGCGAGGCUUGAAUCGCAGAGAGCUCAACAUCUCAAUGACAGGAAUAAGGAAGGCCAGAGUCUUUCCAGAACCAGUCUUGGCAGCACCAAGAACAUCGCGACCAGCCAGUGAGGGAGGAAUACCUCUCCUCUGGAUCUCAGUCAUCUUGGUGAACUUCAUCUCAUUGAUGGCCUUCAUGGUCUUCUCGGAAAGAUUCAGCUCCGCAAAAGAUUGCGACUCAGCUCCAGCAACUGGAGGUAAUGUGAGCUUUCCGCCAUCAGGCAGAUCUGUGUUGUCCUCGGUCUUGUCCUCGGCAUCCUCCGCUUCAUUUUCCUCUCCGGGCUUGGAGUCUUCAGCAUCCUCAUCGGCCUCGUCGCUCUCGUCUCCGUCCUCCUUCAGAGCCUCCUCCUCGUUGGAAGAGUCGUCUUCGGGCUCUUCGCGGGGCUCGGGUUCGGCGCGCUUGACUUUCUUUGAUUUCUUUUCGGGAACGGUAACAGACUUCCUCUCCUUUGAAGCCUUGACGCCAUUGGCGUCCUUGAACUUGCGUUUCUUGCUGCCGGCGAAAUCCAUCUUGUUUGCGCGUAAUGUUGGUAUUCUGUACAACCGAUCGUCUCGCAGCAACUGAAUCGAGAACUUUUUUUCAGCGAUAAGAAAAGUCUUGGAGCGAUAAGCGGUGACUUGUUUUUCCGCUCACUCCACCGGACAAGCUGUUUAAUGUGCAGUAACCCCCGCUGUGGAUUCAGCGGCAAAUGUUGUUGCAAGCUUGCCUUUCUAGGACUAGCUCCAGGUCUGAUGACUUCGAUUUGUAUAAUUGGGUCACAAUGGAAACUGAAUUGAUCGAGGUACAGAUGCACAGAGUAAGAUCAUAUAUAAGUUUGCAAGUUGUGCCUCGAGCCCUAAUAAGGAAAGCUUAUAUGCCUGUUGCCUGGCGGAUACAGUUCAAGUCACAUUGCAAAAGAGUUUCGCUCCAUCGAGGGCUGGGCUGCGCACCGAAUCGAGGAUACAGACAGUAAAAUGCAGAUGGGGUAGCAGAAAAUUACUGCACGCCAAGGGCAGGCGACACAAAUACAGAACAAAGCUUAGUGCGAAAAAAGCCCAUCAAGUGUCGGCUCAAUAUUCGCUCAGUCUUGUCUGUACUCUAAAGAGCAGUGGAGGGAUGUCACUUAAGUUCCCAACGAGGUUUAGCCUCAAGUCACGCUACACUGCAGGUACUAGAGUCUAGGUACUGUAGGUAGUGGAGGUCCGAACCCUCGCGCUUGGGUCAUCCACUCUUGUAUGAACCUGAUUCUUCCAAAUCAGUUUCCUUUCUCCCUCUUCAUCUCAUCUGCGCUUUCGAGACAUCGCCCCUAUCGCUGCCCGCGACACUAUUAAUUACACCCACUGCGAUCGCAUCAGCUUUGAUACGCGACCCGAGACAUAUAUUGGCGAUCUGUCAACAUCCUUGAAGCCUUUGUAUUCGGUCAUCGCAACAAGACUCGAUCUCAUCCUGACUUAAGAUUGUGACCGGCGGAUCCGUCAAGUCGUUGCGAUACCAACUUCCGAAACUCGUCGCAUUUGUUCGUCGCGGUUAGGAAACAUCACUUACAAGACAAUUCAAUUCCAAGUUUCUCAUAAUUUCAUCGAGCUAUUCACUAUUAUCUGGUUCAUCCUCACGACGAAAAACUAGCUCCUUGCUCGUGCUGGCUCCUGUUCAGCUCCACUAGCAGCGCAGCACAAUGGCGAAUCCUCAACCUGAUAUCCAGAGUAUCCUGGCCGCACUCGCGUCGCAGCGGCCGACAGGGACCCCAACCCAGACACCACCCGGCGCUCCCAACCAGGCAUACCCUCCCCCGCCUGCGUCCGCGCAACCUGCGGCCACAUACCAGCCGCCCCCUCCAAACUCCGGCAGCUAUGGUGCACCUGGCUACAAUGGCCUCCCUGCGCCGUCAUCCAGCGGAAACCUCGACCUCAGCUCGAUUCGACCUGUCAACUCGGGAACUUUGAGUAUUGCUGAUGCGAUUGCUCAAGCCAAGGCUUAUGCCGCCGAAAAGGGUGUGACAUCCUACGAUCGACCCCUUGUCUAUGCCUCCGAAUCACGAGGACCUGAUCGAGGAUAUAACCGCUCAAGGUCACGAUCACCCGCUCGCGAUGAGUUCCGCGAUGGCGUGAAUCCGUACAGAGAUGAGCGACGUGGCGGCGACAGAGGUUCGCAUGGUCGGGGCUAUGGUCGAGAUCGUUCUUAUUCGCCAGGCCCCCGUGGUCGGAAUUUCUCUCCUCGGGGAAGCAAUGGACGCGAGAGGUCUCCCUUGAGAGGCGGUGAUGACAACUCGGAGACCAUUGAGAUUGAUUCAAGCCUUGUAGGCCUCAUUAUCGGCAGACAAGGAGAGAAUCUUAGACGCAUAGAAUCUGAAUCCAACUGCCGAGUCCAGUUUCUGGCCGCCACCGAUGGUGGUCCGCACAGAUUGUGCAAGAUCUCUGGGCCCCGGCACCGUCGUGCUGAAGUGAAGGAUGCCAUUAACCGUAUUAUUGACGAUAGCGGAAUGGGCGCUCUUAACCGCCCCGAAAAGCCUCGCGACCCCAACAAGGGCGGUGCUGCGGCUCUACGCGAAGGGGAGGACCACAUGCAAAUCAUGGUCCCUGAUAGGACUGUUGGCCUGAUCAUUGGACGUGGUGGUGAAACUAUCCGGGACCUUCAAGAGCGAUCCGGCUGCCAUAUCAAUAUCGUUGGCGAAUCUAAGAGUGUGAACGGAUUACGACCUGUCAACCUCAUCGGCACGCGCGAAGCUGCCGCCCGCGCCAAGGAUUUCAUCAUGGAGAUUGUCGACAGUGAUAGUCGAGGCGACGCGCCGCCGCCUGUCAAAAGGUUGGGAGGUGGAGGAGCAGCUCCUGGAGGCCGCCAUGAUGGUCCUCAGAGGGAUGCGGGAGGUUCUGGUGGCCCUGACAAGAUCAAUGAUGCUGUAUAUGUGCCUUCAGAUGCGGUAGGUAUGAUCAUAGGAAAGGGCGGUGAGACGAUCCGGGAGAUGCAGAACACCACCGGAUGCAAGAUCAACGUUGCUCAAUCUUCUGGUCCCGGUGAGACUCAGAGGGAGAUUGCCCUGAUCGGUUCGCGAGAUAGUAUUGCGCGAGCUAAGCUUGCCAUUGACGAGAAGGUGGAUGCAGUGCGCCAGAAAGGCAGUGGCCCCCGUGGUGGUGGAGGCGGUGGCCGUGGACAUCAAGAUCAUGACAGGCCCAGCUACUCUCAACCACAAGGCUCCAGUGCCCCUACUAACCAGCCCCCCCAACCAGCUCCAGCUGAUGGAUCCGAUCCAUACGCCCAAUAUGGUGGUUACCAAAAUUACCUUGCGCUGUGGUAUCAAUCCUUGAUGUACCAACAACAGCAAGGCGGACAAGGUGCCCCCCCUUCUGGUGCUCCUGCACCUGGAGCAUAAGUGAUGUCCUGCCUGCUCGCUCGUGCUUGGGUGAUCUUGAUUGAGCUCUCAUCCGCAAAUGCCGCGGAUCGAGGGUGCUAUCUGGUGGUUUGAUUGAUAUCAUGCCAAUGUUUUGACGCUCUUGACGCCUCUCUGCACUCAUAGCCCGUUGACACGACCUACGACUGUACAUCACCCGUUUUCUUUUCCCGUCUUUUGAGGACCCCUUGGACUCAACUUCUCUGAUGACAUAUCACUUGACUGGGCUGUCUUUACAACAUUAAUAUUGAGGUGCAAUAUCGGGUGCGAUGUGCAUGGUUGUCCUGCCAUGACCUCAUUCGAAUUCAUUUAGGCGAUCCUGGACUCGAUGCUGAAUGCUUCCACGAACAUUUGAAGUUGCCGCCGCCUCUGCUGGCUCUUUCACGAUCAUGUUGCUACUGGCUUGCGGACUGACAACUCACAACUAAUGCGUUGAUGACAUGUGCGAUUUCUGGUGCCAGCUCAUCUCUUGGUAUGACGUACAUCCUGAAACUUGCGAUUUGUCGUGGCGUGGUUGAGUUGCGUUGAGAUGUGAACCGGCCAACUCAACCGCACGAACCUCGGAUCACAACCUGAACUGGGCCAGUAGUGUCUUGGUGCACGUGGUGUCGCUUGUCUCUUGCCCCUUUUCCAAUCAGGCUCGUACGGUAUUGGAUGAAUCGACUGUUUCGUGCAAGUGGUCUCCUUGUUUCUGCAUGUAUGUUGCGUGUUGAGUUGCCUAGCAAUUCGCCAUGUGCAUUAGCUCGCUACUCUUUCAUCCGCGUUUUCAUUUGAGUCUGGCUUCAACACCAGACAGUCUCAUCGCUUGCAUGUCAUGAGGAAAGGGAAUGUAUACUUUGGUGACGGUGGGCUGGAUUGGAGAAAUGGAGUUUCGGAUUGCAUUGCCUUGUAUUACCAUCGUAACACUUACUUAGCCUUACACAACCGUGGACUUUCACGUUUAUCAAUUCAUGUCUUUUCUCGUAGUGAGUUGUGAAGAUCACUC